ACAGGACGCUUAGCAGUCAGCGCCACGUAACAGGCGUCAGGAGCACCGAAUGAGGGGUCGGGGGAGAUGCCGACCAAUUGCGCCGCGGCGGGCUGUGCUGCUACCUACAACAAGCAUAUUAACAUCAGCUUCCACAGGUUUCCUUUGGAUCCUAAAAGAAGAAAAGAAUGGAUUCGCCUGGUUAGGCGCAAAAAUUUCGUGCCAGGAAAACACACUUUUCUCUGUUCAAAGCACUUUGAAGCCUCUUGUUUUGACCUAACAGGACAAACUCGACGACUUAAAAUGGAUGCUGUCCCCACUAUUUUUGAUUUUUGUACCCAUAUAAAGUCAAUGAUACCUUUAGAUCAUCAGCAAACAUACACUGCCUGUACCUACUCAAUAACCUAAAGUAAGCUUUCUGGAUUAUGUCA